AUGGACUUUGACGACUACCCAGAUGCCAACGCCGGUUGGGGGGUUACCUCUCCACAAUCUGGGGAUAUAUUGAAGGAUGCCAUUCGAAAGGAGCAGAUCCUAAAGGAGAUCUUCUCGUGCCAGGAGGACUUGCGCGCCAUGUUAUCCAAAGCAGAAAACGUCCAGAAAGAAGUAGACAAGCUCAUUUCGGGCAACGAGACUUUGCAAAUGUACAUCGACAACUUGACGGUGCAAAUGGCUAAACGGCGAUAG